AAAGCGCACAUGACUGCCGUCAUUGGACUCCUCCUCUUCGAUCCUUCAUCUCUGGAUGUGAAAUAGCCCAUUAUAAUAUCGUUUAGGACACUGACAUCACCAGGAUAGAGCAGUUUGAGGCGAAGGAGAUCAUUUAAAUCUGCUCCUCCUACCACACAACAAUUCACCUUCACUGAAGCUCCUCCCACAGCAGAUCAGCAAUAAAUGCUGGACUAUUUUCCCAUCAGCCUACAAGUGAAGAAGAAAGAGUUUAGGAAAAACAUUGAGAACAUGAGUGAUGCAGAACCCUGCAGAAUAAAACAUGACGAUACUGAAGAACAAAUAGAUUUGAUGAAAGAGAAUGGGGAGAAUGAAGCAGAGGAGAAACAUCAUGAUAUCAAAUCUUUAAGUCACUCACAGACUGAGAAUUUUUUUUCCCAGAAAAGAAGAUCCCCCAAAUCUUUCACCUGCCCUCAUUGUGGGAAGAGCUAUCGACAUAAAAGAAACCUUAGUGAACACAUGAAAACUCACACUGGAGAGACACCACACUCAUGUGAUCAAUGUGGAAAGAGUUUUAGACAUAAAAGAAACCUUGGUGAACACAUGAAGAUUCACACUGAAGAGAAACCACAUACAUGUGAUCAGUGCGGAAAGAGGUUCAGACAUAAAAGAAACCUUGGUGAACACAUGAAGAUUCACACUGGUGAGAAACCACACACAUGUGAUCAAUGUGGAAGGAGUUUCAGACAUAAAGGACACCUUAAUGAUCACAUGAAAAUCCACACUGGGGUAAAGCCACACACCUGUGAUCAGUGCGGGAAGAGUUUUGCACAUUUAAGUUCUUUUAAAUCACAUCUGAAUUCUCAUUCUAAAGAAAGACAAUAUAAGUGUGAUCAGUGUGGUAAGAACUUUUUUUGGGCAAAUUCCCUGAAGGACCACCUGAAAGUUCAUUUAAAGGAGAAGACUCAUGUGUGCUCUUUGUGUGGAAAGAGUUUUAGUCAGCUGAGUUAUUUAAGAAAACACCAGCAAAGACACAGCAGUGUGAAGGAUCAAAAUGUGCUUUGAUUGUGGGAAGACCUUUAUUACAACUGAUGAACUAAAACAGCAUUUCAAGCUGUGACAAAAGGUUCAUUUGGUCAGGAAACCUGAAAUCCCAUGAGAGAAUCUACAAUGGCGAGAAGAUGUAUCACUGCCAUCCAUUAUUUUGUUCACCACCUUUUCAUUGUCUACAUUUGUUACUCAUUUGCUAAACUUAUUUCAUUGUCCAGUUUUAUUUAGAGCUCAGUAUUUCAUACUUUAAAAUAUAUUGAAAUACAUGAAGUAUCUGAUUUGUUUUGCGCCUUUCCGUGUUUAAUUUUUUUUCGACAGAGCUGCCUAAUAAAUUAUGAUUUAUUCCACA